AUGACUCAGGGAGUAGAAGCUCCGAAGCAAAUCUACGGGAUCCACGAGCUAUACCGACCACUUGAUGGGCCAGUUGAGGUGGACAUUGUCGCCGUCCAUGGGCUCAAUGGUCAUGCCACAGGGUCAUGGACAUCUAAGCCGCACGGAAUCUGUUGGCUGAGCAACGCAUAUUUCCUUCCGCGUUAUAUCCCUCGUGCCCGAGUGUUAGUAUGGGGCUAUAACGCGAGCAUCUCGUCCCAGGACGGAAAGGCACCCAGCUCGGACAGGAUUUUGCAACAUGCGCAGACAUUGGUUUCUCAACUAGAGGCAGAUAGGGAUCUCGACGAUGCAGCGGAAAGGCCCAUCAUUUUUGCCCUGGCAUACGCAGAAAGUCGCCCUAGACUCACUCAUAUCUAUUCGAUUUACGUUUGUACAUUUGCUAUCCUUUUCUUCGGCACUCCGCAUCAAGGAUCCAGCAAAGCGAAUAUUUUCGGUAGUCUUCAGAAGAUAGCAUCCCUCGCGACCCCCAAAGCCCUCAUAGAGCUCGAAUCAGGGUUAGUCAAUGCACUCAAAAAGGAAUCUGAAGUCCUGCAGAAUAUCACCGACCAAUUUGCGCCACUUAUGUGUAACUUCCGCGUCUUUUUCUUUUGGGAGCAAGAGAAGACUGAUCUCAAAUACAAAAGAGAUUACAUCGUCACUGAAACGAGCGCAGCACCAAUAAUCGACAACACCGAAAGAUGCGGCAUUGCCGCAGAUCAUCGACGAAUGUCCAAGUUCGACAGUCCAUCCGAUCAAGGUUUUAGAACUGCAGUCGCAGCACUCCGGCGCUAUGCGCGAGAGGCACCCAGCGUCAUACAGAGGAGGUAUCGAAGGGCUGUGAGCGUGCAACGAGAUGACAGAAUGAUUGAGGCUGCGGAGCUGCUAGAAACAAUUCAACCUCGUACUCUUGGGUUCCUACCAAAACCCACCGCGUUAUCUUGA